UGAUAUACACAGAGAGCGGACUCCAUUUCCCGGCAUUCCAAGCUGCGGCAUUGGAGGUAGUGUGCCGGCGGUCGCUAUGGUAACGGAGUGCCUGCCGUUAGGAGAGGAGAAGACCCUAACAAAGGACGCACAUUUAUAUGAACGCAUCUUAUGAGAGACUACAAUGAUGGCUUCCAGCAAUAUCACCUACACUCUGCCAGCACAAACGUUCACACGAACAGCGACCAGCAAUCGAAAGACAAAUCUCAUUUUCAGUGCGUAUCCCUUAUUUGUGGAUUUCUACAGGUUACUUAAACAGAAGACUGACAGCGUUGUCCCAGGGGUAUCCAAAUGGGAUUUGCUGAAUGUUACAGUUGGUCUUUAUCACACCUACCUGCCUGAUAUCGAACUGGAGACUUUAAGAGAGAACAUCUGUGGAAAUGCUGCAAAGACGAUCCUUUUUCUCCGGGACUCCCAAGAUGUUCUGAUGGAGUACCAAGAGAAACAUGCCUCUCUACGCAGCAGUAACCACUCACAGACGUCCAGUUUGCCUUCAGUGCCUUCACAGAGUAAUGAGGAAGAAGAGAAAAGAGUUAGCCUACUUUCAUCGUUAUUCAGUGACCCCGAGAGCAGCGACGAGGAGGUGGGAGAGUCUGAAUCAGAUCGAAAAAAAACUGAGAGAUUCCACAAGAGCUUUCAAAGCUUCCUGGAGAAUGCUGCCGCAAGGCGCCAACAGAGGGCCAACUCUUAUCCAAGUCAGGAAGAUAUUGGUGUGGAGUCGUGCUUGGUUGCAGCUCUAACCUAUCAACGGUCUACACUGAAAUCGAAGGAAAAAAUAUUUGAACUUUCUUUGCUGUCCACAAGGAGGCGAUAUCGCUGUUGUGGUGUUGGUUCCUACUUGCUAAAGAUGCUGAAGGACGUGUCACUGGUUGGUUUUUAUGAUAGCAUUGUAACCCAUGCAGACAGCAGAGCUAUCCUUUUUUUUAAAAGCUGUGGCUUUUCUGAUGACGUUAUUCUUAACAGCAAGUUUCGAGAUCUUGAGGAAGACUGGAUGAAUACUACCACUAUGAGCUACUUUCCUCCUUUCUUUGCAGUAUCUCAAACAGAUACCACAGAUUUAGAAAUGGAGAUGGAACAAUGGAAAAUGAAGUCUACAGCUGCACACCAGGCCCAAGCUAUCUUUAUGAACAAAAUAUUCCAAGAAAUCAGAACUUGGAGGAGUCAGGUAGAAUCUCAAAAGGAUCAGAUCAACUCACUUACAGCUAAAUUGGAAAAGGCAAUAGAUGAGAAUAACUUCCUAGAAAAGAAAAUGCUUCUUCAUCUCAAGAAAAUUCAAUCCCCUCUGGACAUAAUGCCAGGGUUAAAAGGAGAAGAUUACUGCACCCAGACCACUUCAUUGAGAUGA